AUGUCGAUGUCGAUGAAAGAUCGCUAUUCGAAAAAAUCGCAUCGCGUUCAUCCGACUGAGACCCAGGAUUGCGAGAAUGAUGAAGAGAAAGCGGAGAGCAGAGAGCGCUUCUCUUCUUCGGCCGCUUUCAUUUUGACGUGUAUCGGCUUUGCCGUCGGUUUAGGGAAUAUUUGGCGUUUCCCCAAAUUAGCCUACGAGAAUGGUGGAGGUGCCUUCCUUAUCCCCUAUCUGUGCUGUUCGAUUGUCUUCGGCCUGCCGAUGCUCUAUUUCGAGUUCGCACUUGGACAAUUCGUGCAAAAGGGCACCUCAAAGCUGUACUACACAUAUGCGCCCGCGUUUCAAGGCAUUGGUUUCACGAUGGCUGGCUUGUCGACCCAAUUGACAAUUUAUUAUUUUGUGAUUGUUGGAUGGGUGGUUAUGUAUUUAAUCGAGAUCGUCACUGGCGGCUGGGAAAACAUUGUCAACUGUGAGAGCAAAAGAUUCGUCUCCCAUGGAACCAACUACAUAUGCUCUCUUGGUGCACUCCAGAAUACAAUAUGUGACUCGAAUUCAACCGACUGCAUUACAAAUAUCACGAAUCUCAUCGUGCCCGCCGAGCUCUAUUUCGAUCAGUACAUCAUCAAAAGGAGCCCAGACUUUAGCGGAGAGAUCACCAUGAAUUGGCCGCUGUUUGUGAUCAUGCAAGCGUUGUGGAUUUUGUGCGGUGUAAUUCUAUGGAAAGGCGUUGAAUUCAUGGGGAAAAUCUCGUACAUCACGACUGUCGUUCCGUACGUCAUUGUGGGUAUCCUCUUUGUGCAAGGGUUGACACUGGAAGGCGCCGGGAAAGGCCUAAAAGCUUAUUUCAGUCCAGAUUUCGGGAAGCUAGCAGAAUAUCAAACUUGGAAAUCCGCUCUAAUCCAAAUGUGUUUCUCUCUGUCAAUCGGUUUCGGUGGAAUGCCAUCGAUGGCUUCAUUCAAUCCGAGAAAGCACAACUGCUUUUUGGACGCUUGCUUUGUCGUUUUUGCCGACGCUUUCAUGUCGGUAUUCGGCGGAGUGGCCGUCUUCUCGAUUCUCGGCUAUUUGUCCGUGAAAACCAAUCAACCGGUCGAGAAAGUCGUUAGAGAAGGGACGACUCUGGCUUUUGUCGCCUAUCCGCAAGCGAUAGCUGAAAUGUGGCUUCCAUGGUUGUGGAUGUUUCUGUUCUUUUUGAUGUUGGCGUUGCUGGGAAUGAGCUCUGUUGUUGUAAACCUCCAAUCGACGAUCACUUGUUUAUGCGAUUUCAGUCCAUUUCUCGCGAAACGACGCCAAACUCUCAAUUGGGCUUUUUGCUUUUUUAUGUUCAUUUGCACGAUCGUCAUGUGCACUGGGCACGGUGUCUAUUGGUUCACAAUGUUCGACGCGAGUGUCGGCGGUUUCGCGCUCGUUUUGCUAAUUUUAGCCGAAGUGUUUCUCGUUUGCUAUGUUUACGGCAUUCAUCACUUCAAGCGUGAUCUCGAGGAAAUUCUCGGGAAAAGAGAGAAAAAUUCGAUUCUCCAGAAAAUCGUCGGACCAACUGGUCUCUACUUUUUAUGUAAUUGGAUGUACGCGGCUCCAGGGCUGUUAGUGCUCAUUCUCUAUGCUGUUGUCGAGCAUCGAGUCACGCAAAAGAUGAAAUACGGAGAGGCACCAAAUGACGUCAUCUUCCCGAUGUGGACCGAGGUUUUCGGCUGGUUUCUCAGCUUUUCCGUUCUUCUUUUUAUCCCCGCAUUCUUCGUGAUCAACUUUGUGAAGAGCAGGCAAAGGAAUGAGCCGAUCUCCGCCCUCUUCACCGUUCAUCCGAAACACCCGGCGGCACUGCGCAUCGCCGAGGAAAAUAAGAGAAUCGCCGCGAAAUUGACGCCCUUCGAACGGGUACGGUGUCGGCUACAAAUGCUAUUCGAU